AUGCUUCUCGACGAAGAUCCUGCGACUCUAAUCCGUCAUACAAUUGGCAAUUUUAAUAUUGUGCCCGAUAAAUCCGCUGUUGCGCGCAUCAAUGAAUCUCUAUCAACUUUACAACAAGCUCGAGAUCUCAGGGUACGGGAAGCCGAGGGCGCAUUGAAAAAAUUAUCGAGAAACUUAACUAUUCUCAAUAACAAUCAUCUCGAGACCGUUUCCGCCCAUUCUCCAACUGCACACGCUUCCGAAAUAGCUACUUUAGAUACACAAAAGUUCCGUAUUGCGAAAGCAGCUAGUGACCUAGAGAUAGAAUCUGAACGUCUCUCAUCACAACUUGCGGAUCUUCAGGCUCGCUUGCAAGAACUGGAACAACAGGGCAUGGAAGGGGGAGAGAACGUAAAGAGAGGCCAGGUGGAUGAUGAGAUUAGUCUCAAAUUAAAGGUCUAUAGAGGGCUAGGGAUCGAUAUUGAGAGGGACAGAGAGAGUGGAGAAUACUCCAAGGCUAUUAUCCGAAAUGGGAAGAAAGGGGAUGUACAUGUGGUGAACAUGGAUGCUAAAUUCUCGAAGUUUUUCUACGCAAAUUACUUUUGGCAGACUUUGUAG